GUUUAUCUUCACAUUUGUCUCAUGUGACUUUUAUUAUCUUGUGAUUUAAUUUAACAUACAGUUAAAUUUUUGUCUCAGAAAAUUACUGUACAUCAUUAAAUAAUUUCAUCAAUUAAUAAUAAUAUUAUUUAAAUUAAUUAAUCAAUUAAAAGACAAAAAUUAGGUUUACGUUGAAUUACCAUUAUCCGUAAAUUUCUUUUGAGCGUGUGUAUAUAUACAUAUCCGGAUUGUACAAAGCUUACGGAUACUAAAUAUAAGUCACUGGGAUUUCCCUUUAGAUGUGUAGUGGUGGUGUGAUUGCCGUUAAUAAAGGUACAGAAAAAUUUCUCAGGACACAAUACUAUAUCUAUUGGGUAAAUACCAUUCCAUAUUCCUUUUUUGAAGAUUCAGGUACCUGAAAGGUGCGCAAAACGAUACAGCUGAUUUGGUAAAAUCAUUGAGGAGAUCGUGAAAACCAAACAUCUAUUCAUAUCUUGCUUCAUUUUGCCACAUGUUGCCAUCUACUCCGAUGCUGAGUUUUCCGGAUUAAUAAGAUCCCCAUGCAUGCGAUUCAAUCGCAACUAGAUGAAGAUCGACUUGGGGAAACCAUCCUGUCGUUUUCAAGUUCUUUGUGGGAGAGGAAAGUUCCUUGUCUGCAUGAUGACAUCUACCAAAUCUUGAAAGUCUUCCGUGAAUGUUAUUUCUUCAGACUAGUUUACAUUCUGCAGUGUUUUUGUUUUCGCAGUGCGACUGAAAAAAAAUUAAUUAUCUAAACAUACUGAGACUCAACAAUAUAUUUUGGGCUAUUACUUUUAAUGAUUCUAUGACAAAUUAAGCUUCUGUUAUUGAUUCUCAAAAGUACAGUAACAAAGACUGUGCUGUUUUUAGAAUAGUUAUAUUUGAAAUAUCAUUUACUGAUUGUGAUAUGCUUGUCACUGCUUGUCAUAUUCUUUCAAAUAAUUUUUUUUCUUUGUUUGCUGAAAUUUAUUUUGAGAAUUUUGUUGUUUCCUUGUAUUGUAUUAUUUACUCUAGGCAUUGAUCAGGUAUACAGAUGCUCUGCUUUUUUAUUUUCGUUCUUGUGUUUAAGCGAAGAGUCUAAAAUUCGGCUGCUGUUUGUCCUAAUCUACGCCUACCACACAUAUAUAUACAUAUAUUUUAAUUAAAGGCAAAUACUUCUGAUUAACUGAAAGCAUGGCGUUCAGAAUUAGAAAAUGGAUGCUCGGGCUUUGUUUAGCCUACUCCGUUUCCCUGAUAAUACAUCAAAUACUGCUGCAGCAAGCUUGGCGUCAGUUCGAAAAUGACAUGAAUGUCUUAAACUAUUUUUCUGUUUGUCUGUUAGUAGCUUCUGUAUAUAGUCUGCAACAUGCAAUGUUGUUUUCGAUUUGUCUGUUUUGCAAGGUUUUCCAACUUUUAGUUCUGUAUGGAUGGAAAAGGUUCUGUAUAUAUUUAGUCUUUGUGUGUCUGUUUUGCUUUUUUGUUGUCCUCAUUCUUGAUGGCACGACCAUGUACAUAUGGAACCUCUCAAAAGGUGAAGUGGUUCGUCGGUUCCAAGAAAACAUCAUUGAGGUUGAUGAAUCCAGACCAGAUUUUGAGAAGGUCAGGGUGCAUCCUUUAACAGGUGGUAAAACACCUCCCCUCCUUCUGUACGAGAUAUUUCGCUACAGAGACGAAGAUGCUGAAUUCACAUGUGAACGCCAGAUUUUAUGGCUUUCUGGUGGUCGUCCGUACGUACAACAAGUGGUCUGGAGGAAAAAUGGAAAACCACUUCCUAGGUCACUGCGUUUUCGCCAAGAGCUGACUUUCACAGAACUAACAGAGGACCAAAACUUGCUGACUAAGAUAGCGAAGGAGCAUCAUCUAAGCGUUUAUAAAAUCACAGCAACACUCACAAUUUACCUGAUAAAAUCUUAUGACUUUGGAAACUACACCUGUCAUGUAGCCGAAAUGGUUCAGAACAGUAUACAAGAAUGGAUGGUUUUUCUUAAUGAACGGAUUCAGGCAUCAAAAGCUCACUCUGACUUUCCUGGCUCGUUUCAACAUCAAGGUGAAUCCAAAUCGACUGAAGAGAACAAAAAUGAACUGAGCGUGAAGACAAGUGUAGAAGACAUGUACACACCUUCUCAUGAAUUCAGGCUUAUCGAAGUUCAUCCAAGUCAAAUGACCAGGCAGGCACCACCAGGGGCUAUUCUUGUGUUUAAAACCAGUUACUGGCAUUUGAGCGAAAGUAAUGAUGAUGUUAGUGAAGAGUAUUUCAUUAACGAACAAUCAACACAAAUGGGAACGUGCAACAGAAGGCUCAAUGGCUGCUCAGUGUUUCUGCUGCUCUACUGGUUUUACAGUUACGAGUAUACAAUAUUUCCACCAUUUGUUCAAAAUUAUCAAUUGAAAGCAUUUCCAGACAGAGCCAAAAUUCAUCAUCAUCACCAUUGCCUGUGUGAGAAAACUUACGGGCAUCACAGCAUUUACUACCUUCGGCGAUUUUAUAAUUCUCGGAAAAAGAAAUAUGAACUUUUAGAAGUGUAUCAUCCUGAUGACCUGGUAGUGCUGCCUCGAGAACAGGACAUGUUAUAUUUAUUCCAGAACAGAACAUCCAAUGUAAAUAACGAACAGUGUCCUACCACAUCUGACAUGCAUUUUGUGAAUAUGGCUGCUAAUGCAUUUACAAGUUUGUAUGAAAGUAAUGAAAAAUAUGUUGCUGGGCUCGGAAUGUUUGUGUCUUUUAUAAUUCUGUGGCUCUCUCGCAGACUUAUUCGUGUCAUUGGAAACUUUGGAGGAAGGAUGAUUCUUGACCAAACAGUUGCUUUCCUGCCACGCUUAGAGCACAGACAGACUGAGAAUCAACAAGGUAUGGAAGAUGCGAAAACUAAAUUUUCUAAAAAACAUUUUGAUUUCUUUUUAUCUGUAACGGACUCGGAUGCUGAACUGGUAACUGGUCAGAUUCUGCCUAUUUUAGAAGCUCGGGGACAUAAAGUGUGUUUACCAGACCGAGACAUUCCACCCAACCUUCAAGUGAUCUCGGCAUUGUCCACAGCCGUUGACAACAGUGACCGUUACAUUGUCAUCUUGUCCUCAGAAUAUUUAAAAGACCGAUUCAAAAGAAACUUGGAACUGGACAUGAUCGGCAACAAAGCAAGCUGUAGCGACAUAUCACCUCAGUCGUCUUUGCUCUGUAUCAAACUUGACGACUGUGAGCUGCUUCCUUGGAUGAAGUCGUUUCAAGUCCAUGACUGGACGACUUUUUUGUCCAGAGAAAAUCAGUUGAACAGAUUGUCUAGAUGGGUGCAGCUGGGCACAAAGCAAAACGCAAAACGUGAAUGCUAUGAACUUGUAUUCAUCCUUAUACCUUUUAUUUGUCUGUUCGUUUUUUCUGUAAUUUUCGUACAACUUUUGGGGAUCUCUAAUGUGGCUUUGUCUGAUACAUUGAUCAUAAAGAAAUUACUGUUGAUGCUUACUGCAUAGGACACAAUCUUCUGACUUACAGAAAAUUCCGCUUUGUGCGAAUUUUUUUCUGAGCAAGUGACUUACUAUAUAAGUCAUGUAGCGUAACCAGCAUAUAAUCCCUAAUAACUACCAAAAUGGAAAGCAUAAUUCAGAGCAGCAAUGACAGUUACUGGUGGGAUUAACUUUAUCUGAUUUUAAGAGGGUCUGUAUAAAUUAACUUCUUCAUUUUAUUUGUUCAUUUUUACGUGAAAGUAGAGGGAGAAAAUAACAAAUUUAUAAAUAAUACUUUUAUUAUUAUUUAUCAAUAAUAUUUCUUAGCAUUGAAAGAGCAGAUAAAAGUAUUUCAAUUCCUUAUGAUUAAUGAGAUGUAUUUUAUUAGUGUCUUGUGACAUGUUCUGUACUCAUCCUGUAACCCCCAUCCCCGCCCCACACGCACGGAGAUAAUAAUAGGGGCAUAAGAAAACAUACACAGAAAUAGUAGAAUGAAGGGCAUUGUUUGGCUAAGUUUCUAAUGAAAUGUACUUUUGCCAGUCAGGCGGUCAAAAGUGUGUGAUUGCCUUACUGUUUUCUUUGAGCUCCCCAAAGCUUGGAUGAAGUAUUCGCUUGAAGACGACGACGACGACAACGACGUCGAUGAUGUCAGUGAGCACAUCUAUGUUUCAUGGACGUGUGUCAUGAAAGUCAUUUUGUACUGAUUAAUUAUACUGGAUUAGAGUAAUUAUGCUAAGCCAGACUGAAUUUGCUUACAGCGUGUCUUUCUUCCAUUAUACAUCGUACAAUCAGGAUAAAGCACAGCAAACUAUAGCAUUUGUUUUUUGUAAUUGCCAAAAGCCACUGUACGUUCUGCAUUUGAUUGUAUUUCUGAUGCUACGUGAUAUGAUGUGAUGUGGUAUUGUGAUACGUGACAUGAUGUGACAUUGUGGUAUUGUGACUAUCAACAUGGUAUUUUUAUUAUACGUCGUCGUGAUAUGCAUCUAAGACCAUGGUUUUACGAGGCUUUGUAUAUUUUUGAUACUUUGAAAUUUUAUCACGCUUCUUAUCCAUUUUUCAAAUCUCUGACAAGAUUGCUCUUAAAAUAUGUUGUGUUGCUCGGUGCCAUUCAGCCAAACAAAAGUCUUCAUUCUCGCAGACAGAACAAAUUAUCGUCGUCAUCCUUGUUGACAGAGUUUAUUUCGUCUUGAUUUAGGAUGUGUAAAGUAUUUUUGAGGGUUCUAUCCAUGGCAACACAUUGUUUGCAGUGUGAAAGUGCCUAGAGUGUGAAAGUGCACCUCAUUGUUAAUUUUUACUUUUCAAUCUGAUAUUUACAGUGAAUUGUCUACUAAAUACAAUGAUUGUGUGAGUACCUUCAAGUUUGUAUGGUUGUUUACCCUGUUUUACAAGUGCCUGGAGUCACAAUGAAUUUAAACUAACAAACUGUGUUGCCUGGACACUACAGUCUGUGUGAAGUAGCCAGUAUAUUUUCUGUAGCUCAUAACUACCUACAGUUAUCUUCAGUUAAUGUUGUUAACAUGUGUUUGCCACGAUACUGAACACUUUAAAGAAUAUAUACUGAUUAUUUACAAUUAAAUUUUCUUUAUAUUUG